UGAAGAUAACCGGUUAUCAUACGCUGCCUUGUUUUGACCGUCUAAACGUCUUCGGUGGGAGUGGUGGGACCCACUCUCCGUCCCUCUAAAACUCCAAUGGUGUUGGUAGUCUCUGGACUCCUAACUUUUUCCCUCCCUUUUCUCAAUCUGUAUAUGUGUAUCAGCGUGUGUUCUGGUUUGGUGAAAGAGAAAUAAACUCCAUUCUUAUAUAGACAAAUACCGAACGAAACUCUCUCUAAAAACAUAUAUAUGUAUAUGUAUAUGUAUAUGUAUAUGUAUAAAUAAAACUUGAUCACUAUUUUGUGUCGUCAAAAAGGCUACAAAACAGAGUAAGAAAGUGCUUUCUCUCUCUACUGCUUCGGUCAGGAUUCUUUUUACCCCCAAUUAAUGGCUUCCUUGUUUCGGAGAAGGCAUUCUCAGAAUCAUCAAGAGGACGAUUCUUCACAACGGGAUGCAAAGAUCAAAGAGCUCAGGGCUGCUCUUGGACCCCUGUCUGGACGGAGCUUGCAGUUUUGUUCUGAUGCAUGCCUGAGAAGAUACUUGGUAGCCCGAAACUGGAAUAUUGACAAAUCAAAGAAAAUGUUAGAAGAGACGCUCAAAUGGAGAUCAACAUUUAAGCCGGAGGAAAUCCGUUGGCAUGAAGUAGAGCAUGAAGGUGUGACUGGCAAAGUGUCGAGAGCAAAUUUUCAUGAUCGACUUGGGAGGCCUGUUCUCAUAAUGAGGCCAGGAAUGCAGCUCACGAAAGCAGGAGAAGAUAAUGUCCGCCAUCUAGUCUAUCUUAUAGAGAAUGCCAUUCUUAACCUUCCUGAGGGUCAAGAACAAAUGUCGUGGCUGAUAGACUUCAACGGAUGGACAAUGAACACUAAUGUCCCCAUUAAAAUAGCUCGAGAAAUCAUUUACGUUUUACAGAAUCACUACCCUGAGAGACUUGCCAUAGUAGUUCUCUAUAGUCCACCGAGAAUUUUUCACGCAUUCUGGAAGGUUGUAAAGUACUUUGUGGACCCAAAAACAUUUCAGAAGGUCAAGUUUGUUUACCCCAACAACAAAGACAGUGAGGAGAUCAUGAAGUCCUUUUUUGAUGCUGAAAAUCUUCCGAGUGUGUUUGGAGGAAAAACCAGUUUGAAAUACGACCAUGAAGAGUUUUCGAGAAUGAUGGUGGAGGAUGAUGUGAAAACUGCUAAUUUCUGGGGAUUCGAUAAUAAGCCCUGCCAUGUUGCAAAUGGGCACUCGGGAGCAGACCUGAAUUCGGAGGCAAUGAGUCUAGCACCACCUGCAAGCUGAGUGAGUAAAAAUGCCGGCGACCGUGUAAAAAUCUACAGCAAUGUAGAACAUGAAAGUGGAUCAGACUAAUAGAGACUUGAUUAUCGAGUUUAAUAGGGACCGGAAAUGAUUUUUCCGUCCCUUGUUUUAGUGAAUGAACAUUUAUUUUCCGGUGCUUACGGCUAACUAUUUGGAGAAGUUGCCUUUUUCUUCUUCCUUUCCAUGUGCUACUAUUUGUAUGAUGUUUUCUACCACCUUUCAGAUGACAAAUUUGUAAUGAUUAAUUAGCUCCCAUAAAUAAAUCUCAUAGUUUAAAUUA